AUGGCCCGCCCUCCUGUUCGUGAGCUGAGCAGCUACCUGCUCGCCGGCCAGCUUCACCACCACGGCUGUCUGCAUCUCCGCCUCCGUCCUCGUCGUCCGCCACGCCUCCACCCAAAUGUCCUAUCUGCAGGUCAAGCCACUCCUGUCGCAGCCAGGCGACCAUUCUCCCGGUCGGCCCUUGACCUGCACUCCCAGACCAACUCAUCUUCCGCAACAGCCUCGCAACAUGAGCCCGAACCUGGGUCUGAGUCUGGGUCUGCCACUGGUCCUCCCCCUCCCCACAGCGCUGUUCCCCUCCGCAAGAAGCUCAAGAGCAUGGACAAGGCCCUCAAGGCCUCUGGGAACAAGAAGACCCCCAACGCCUUCCGCCAGAGCGUCCAAGGCUGGGAGCUCACCGUCGGCAUCGAGAUCCACGCCCAGCUCAACACCCCCCACAAGCUUUUCUCGCCCGCCAGCCCGCCACUGCCUUCUGAUGAGCCCAACUCUCGUGUUGCUCUCUUCGACCUCGCCAUGCCCGGGUCCCAACCACUCUUCCAGGCCGAAGCCCUCGUUCCCGCCCUGCGAGCCGCCCUCUCCCUGAACUGCGACAUACAAGCCGUCAGCAGGUGGGAUCGCAAGCACUACUUCUGGUGGGACCAGCCCAGCGGCUACCAGAUCACCCAGUACUACGAGCCAUUCGCAAAAGACGGGCACAUUACACUCUACCAGAGGGACGGAAUUGCCACAGAGGACGGCGAGCAGGUGCGCGUAGGAAUCAGGCAGGUCCAGAUGGAGCAGGAUACGGCCAAGACCAUCGCCCGUCCGGAUGGUGUCCAGUGGGUUGAUUUCAACCGAGUCGGUGUGCCACUGAUCGAGGUCAUCACCGACCCCGAUAUCCACCACCCAAAGACGGCUGCUGCCCUGGUCAGGAAGGUCCAGAUGUAUCUCAACGCAGUCGACGCCUGUGUCAGCGGCAUGGAGUCCGGUGGCCUCAGAGCCGAUGUCAACGUCAGCGUCAGGCGGAAGGAUCACCCCUUGAACGACAGCAUGCCUUUGGGCCAGAGGACCGAGAUCAAGAACUUGAGCAGCUUCAAGGCCGUCGAGGAUGCAAUCAUUGCCGAGCGGGAUCGCCAGAUCUCCGUGCUCAUGGACGGUGGCGUCAUUGCCGGCGAGACUCGUGGCUGGUCCAUUGGCGGCACUGAGACAACGCGCCUCCGUGGGAAAGAGGGCGAGGUCGACUACCGCUAUAUGCCGGACCCAGACCUGGCACCGGUGACUAUCAGUGAACAAGUCAUAAACCACCUCGGUGAGAAUCUGGGCAUGCUGCCUGAUGCCGAGAUUGACGACCUUGUCAGCCAGUACGGCCUCAAGACGAAAGACGCGUUGGCACUGGUACAGCUGGACGAUGGUCGCCGGCUUGAGUACUUCUAUAAUGUUAUCCAACGCCUGCAGGAACGACUCGGUGAUCAAUGGCACCCGGACUGCGCCGUUGUGGCCGGCAACUGGGUUCUCCAUGAGCUUGGCCGCCUCACCUCGGAGCGUAACGCCUCGGCAGACGGCACGGUCCAGACCCUUGACAUGUCAACAGACGGCGAAUGCGCCCGUGUCCCAGCAAAGCACCUCGCCGACAUCCUGUACUUCCUCCACACUAUGCGUAUCUCCGCGCGCGUCGCCAAGGAGCUCCUCUUUGCCGUCUACCGUGGUGACCUCAGCGGCGCUUCAACCGGCAGCUACGCCAGCGUCGAAGAGGCCAUCCAGAAGGAGAACCUCUGGUUCAACUCGCUGUCUCGGGAGGAGUACCACGACCUGGCCGUCGAGACGGUCAGUCAGAACAAAAAUAUGCUCAAGAAUUUCGUUCUCCACUAUUCAAAGGGCCGCGAAUACCCCACGGGCCAGCUGAUGUUCUUCGUCGGAAAGAUGAUGCGCACCGGACCCGCGGAGCGGAUGGAUCCCCAGGUUGCCCGGGAGGUGUUGGAGCAGGUGGUGGAGAGGGUGUGCAAGGAGACACCGGAGAGUCUCCAAUGA